AUGAUUCAGAAGCAAAAAUUCUGUAUGCAGCAUUUGUAUGUUAAGAUGUUGGGUACUGAUAGGGUGCCUUGGAGAUACUUAAUACAGAAUAAUAGUGCUAGACCUAGAGCCAUUACCAUCACUUGGAUGGCAUGCCAUGGUAGAUUGGGUACUAAAGAUAGAGUGAGCAAGAUUGGUUUGAUAACAGAUCGGGUUUGUAGCCUUUGUAAUACUUGUGAUGAGUCACUUGAUCACCUCAUGUUUGGCUGUAGCAUUGCAAAGGAUAUUUGGAAGUUUGUCCUCCAUUGGCUGGGAAUUCAACAUGAUCCGCAACCUUGGUCCAUUGAGAUUGUUUGGCUUACCAAUAUGAUUGAAAAGAAAGGCUGGAGAUUCAAGGUCCUGAAGAUAGCUUUGGCCGAAACCAUCUAUGGUGUUUGGCAGUAUAGAAAUGAUAUUAUUUUUAGAGGAAAUACUUAUAGAAGCACAAGUAUAGAAAUUGGAGAUAGAAUCAUAGAAAAAGUGAUAUAUAGAGGGUGGUAUUCCCCCAUCUAA